AUGCUAAGAGUAUUCAAGGCUAAAACAAGAGAAUAUAUUAAAGAGACCAUAGAAUUAAGCAAUCUUUAAUUUCCUUGGAAAUUUGGUGGGUAUGACUAUUGUUUUCAUCCUAGAUUUCCUCAUGAACCUAAAGAUGGAUUAUUAAAUGGGUUCACUGAUUGGAGAAGAAUUAUUAAUGAAGAGAAACUAUAAUUACUUACUACUGAAUACUUUCAAAAAAUCAAUGACUUAUAGCCAUUGCGAUUGGAGAGAAUUGUAGAGCAUUCUUUAAUGUCACAAAUUUAUAGAGAAUUAAUGAGGUAUUAACACUAGCUAUUAUAUUGAUUUAAGA